CAGACCGAUUUCAUUAAAGCUAGCGCAAGAAUAAGGUAAAUAACUCGAACAUUAACACUUUUAAAGUGAAUACCAAAUUACCAAAUUUGUGAUAGUUCUAAGAAAUUUCUUCGUGGCAAGUGGAAACAUUCCUUCUUCUUUCAAUUUAUGACUUUUCUGCAACUUUUAUUUACUCCUGUUGUAAAGCCAAAUUUACAAUGGUGAGUGAAGUGAAUGUGUCAUAUUUUCUAACUUUAUACCUAUACUUAGUCUUGCUAUUAUUUAUUUUCAGUUGUUUUAUUCAUUUUUCAAAUCACUGGUUGGGAAAGAUGUUAUUAUUGAACUAAAGAAUGACCUGAGGUAGAUCACAGUUUAAUAAAUGGAAACAUGUGGUGAAAGGAUGUUGUUGUUUCAAAUAACUUUAAUGACAUUUUUCAUUGUUUUCUAGUAUUUGUGGUACAUUGGAUUCGGUCGAUCAGGUAACGGGCGUCAACUAAUGGAUUUUGUCUAGCAUUUGCAAACUCGUCCUAUGAUGAUGGGGAGGGGACAAAUGAUCUAGCAAACAAUCUGUAAAAGUACCAAACAAUUGGCACGAAAACUGGAACUUUUCUCUUCAAAUACGACAUUGGCAUCUCCGGGAUGAGGUGGAGAGCCAAAGCAAUCACAUAAUAAGUCAUUGAUUGCAGGUCAAAAUCUAUUUGUAGAUGGUGUAUUGUGUAAUGCAGAUUAAGGGGAGGGGGUGUAGGAUGCACAUACCAUACAUUACGGCAGCCCCUCCUCCAUACACAUAAAACAUAGAUGAACACUUAUCAAACUAUGUUGUGGUCUUCUCACCACUCAGGGGAAUGUGUGUGUUUUAAUAUUAAUAUCAGCUUUUAUCAGUCCCAUACAACUCUUGAACUCUACCAUAUAAAUUUUGUGAUUGGCGUUAUUUUUAUCUUUUAGUUUCUAAACAUUAAACUGACGGACAUCAGUGUAACAGAUUCGGAGAAAUACCCACAUAUGGUAAGCAGGAGAGCUGAAACCAUGGGGCCAGUUACCCCACUGCCCACACCCCCAAUAGACAACCAAGCAGCCCCUAAGUAGUAAGAUACAUGUAUCUCUUUUUCAGCUUUCAGUAAAGAACUGCUUCAUCCGAGGUUCAGUUGUCAGAUAUGUGCAACUACCAGCUGAGGAAGUCGACACACAGUUGUUACAAGACGCCACUCGUAAAGAGGCUACCCAGACCAAGACCUAGUACUAUAAAUUGCAUUUAAAUAUUUUGUGAGAUAAACUGUUUUAUAUACAAUACUUGUGUACAGCAGCCUAGGUUAAAGUCCAACCUUGUAUCACAGAAUACUACACAGAAGUCCAUCUCCAUUGUUUUUAGCGUAAGCUCUAUUCGUCAUGAUUCGUCACUCAGCAAGUACCGUAAACAGAAGCAGUCCCCCUCCUGGAAAUACUAAAAAUGGCGUAUGUCCAGGGGGGUGACUGCUUCUGUUUACGGUACUUGCUGAGUGACGAAUCAUGACGAAUAGAGCUUACGCUAAAAACAAUGGAGAUGGACUUCUGUGUAGUAUUCUGUGCUUGUAUCCAGGGCUUCUACAGCUACAAGUGCAAAAGCCCUGGGUACGAGGUUCAAGUCUGGAAAGUGUCUGUCUGUCUGAGAGGUCUAGAAAAAUUGUAGUUUGGUAAAAAUCAGCAAAAAGGAUGCAAAAAUUUACAUUGAAAAGUUCUGUGUUAUUUUCUAAAAACACUAAAGCUGGAGUUACACAAGCAACAAAAUUGCUGCAACUUGCAACAAAAUCUGAUUUCAACGCAUGUUAAGUAGAAAUGUCGACACAUGUUGCCUUGUGAUUUGUAAUUUAUGUGUAAACAUUUUCAAUUAACAUGCGUUGAAAUCAUCGUUGCAGCAAUUUUGUUGCUCGUGUAACUCCACCGUAACUGCAUAGAACACUAUAAGUUUAUAAAACUGCAUAGACCAUUAUAAGUCUAUAACCUUUCCCACGGUUCAUCCACGCAGAUACAGCUUAUCUGUCUCUAGCGGAGCCUAUUGGCCUAGAGUAUUUAAAGCCUUGGUGAAAGACUCUCACGAACUCUCAUUCAUGUUUUUGUUUGAUACGGGCUUAAUACUCGAUAAUCCCUCUGAACGACAAACAUACAAACAAACGCGGCAAACAGACGGCCGAUAAUCCGUCAAGACAAACUACCUGUGAAGUUGUCUGCACAAUAAACGAACUUGCGUGUAUUGAUUUUUGUCGUCAAGGGGUGAGGGGGCUGCCGCUCUAUGAGUUAAUAUGACUUCCAGCCCAUGGGUGUGGUUCACCCACCGAGUUGAUUGCGCCCUACUUUAUUAUUUCGCCAUGUCUAACACUCUAACUAACGCCAGACGAUUUUCACGUUUUUGUCUUGAUGGAUGAUCCGUCGUACGGACUUAUGUCAACUAGUAAACGAACAUUUGACUGGUUUUUUUUUGUGUAUAAAAUGUAUAACUUGUGUGUUGUCAAUAAAAUUUGUAUACAUGAUG